AUGGCGACCAGACGCGGCCGGCUACUGCAACCGUUCUGGCGCGGCCUCACGGCGCGGCCCCCGCCGCUCGGCGGCGACGGCUCGGCCCGCGGGAGAGCGGGGAAGGCAGCCGGGGGCGCGGGGUUCAGAACCGGGCGAGGCGUCAGGCUGGUCGCGGGCUGUGCCACUCUGAGUCACUGUGCCCGGCUAGAUGAGCUCUGCGGGAAAUCCUGCACCGGCUGCUCUGUGUCUCUGGACAGUUUGCCUUCAGAAAUCCUGCUGAAGAUCUUGUCCUACUUGGAUGCGGUGGCCCUGCUGUGUGCCGGAUGUGUGAACAGGCGCUUUUAUCACCUGGCCAAUGACAAAAUAUCUGGUUUAGGUUGGGUAAUUAUACUGAAAGAAAAUAGUGGAAGAGAGCACAUCCUGGAGCACGUUGAUCUGUCCAUCAAUGACUCGUCAGUCACGGCUGUGUGGUAUGGCCAAGACUGGCCACGUCUUGUCACACUGUCAACCUUAGAUUUGUGUGGGGUGACGCCAGUGUUCAUGAACCGGUCUCAAGCCCCCAUCAAAAACGGACCUCGAUGGCAUUCUUUAAUUGCAAAGUACAACCUGAGUCACUUAACCGAGUCCACCAUGCUUGGCUGUGACCGGCUGAUCCGGAUCUUCUGCCUGCACCCGGGCCUCGUGGUGGGGCUCUGGAAGAGGGAGGAAGAACUGGCUUUUGUUAUGGCAAAUCUUCAUUUCCACCACCUUGUGGAGAGGAGCACGUUAGGCUCGGCUGCUAUCCCCUACGAGCUGCCUCCUCAUACCCCCCUUUUGGAUGACAGCCCCGAGUGUGGACUGAGUGGCUACCAACUCCAUGUUGAUAUGCACAGCGGGGGAGUUUUCUGCCUGUGUGGCACAUUUCGCAACCUCUCCACCAGCAAAGGAUACAUUGAAAAUGAAUAUAUGAAGCUCAGUGUGAUAAAUUUUAAAAAUAGCACAGAACACCUACCUCUUAUUGGAAAAGUUGGCCUUUCUUGGAAAACUAAUAUUUUUGAUGGCUGUAUAAAGAGUUGCUCUAUAAUGGACUUAACUCUUUUGGAAGAAUAUGGGAAACCCUUCUGGUGUUUCAGUUCCCCCGUGUGCAUGAGACCCUCUCCCGGGCCCUCUGACGGCCCUGCUUUCUUGGGGGAGACGUACCGUGUGGACUACGCAGACGCGGAGGGAAGGGUGCACUUGGAGCUGGUGUGGAUCGAGGAGACGGGAGAGUACUUUAUCGUCAGCCUGGCGCUCUACCUGCGGGUGGCAAAGAUAAACCACUGGUUUGGGACCAAAUACUGAGCAUUAGCAGUAGGUGGCAAAUUAUUGUUGCUGUUUGUUUAUUUUGGACUAACUGGUUUUGUUCUUGGUGUUUGUUGGAAGUUAAAAUAAAGCAGUAGCCUGUUCGAUGUCCUCUUA